AUGGCUGCACCGGGGGCUCCGCAGCCCCAGCUGGAGCCUGUGAGAGACACGGCGGCGGCUGGGACCCCAGCCCCUGCGGUCAGCGCCCGGCCGGGCUGGGGGGGCCUGGCCGGCAGCCGCGCGUCAGCGCGCCCCUCCCUCAGCGGCGUUCCACGCCCCCUUCCGGCCGGGGGCGCGCGGGGCGGGGCGCGGCGAGCGCGGAGUGGAAAGACCCGCCCCCUGCCCCCUGCCCACUGUCCCCCGUUCCCCGCCGCGGCCGGCGGAGCAGGCGAAAUUUGGUUGCUUGUUGGCCUUAACACAUGCCUCCAAAUUACAAAACAAGGUUUACUACUAGGUACACAUCGGAAGAAGCAGGUGUUAAUACCACUGGAACUUUGCCUUGCAAAUUAUUUACAUAAUCUGGUAGCCAGGACAUGGAAGCAACCUAAGUGUCCAUCGACAGAUGAAUGGAUAAAGAAGAUGUGGCACAUAUAUACAAUGGAAUAUUACCCAGCCAUAAAAGGAAACGAAAUUGAGUUAUUUGUAAUGAGGUGGAUGGAACUAGAGACUGUCAUACAGAGUGAAGUAAGUCAGAAAGAGAAAAAGAAAUACCAUAUGCUAACACAAAUAUAUGGAAUCUAAAAAAAACAAAUGGUUCUCAAGAACCUAGGGGCAGGACAGGAAUAAAGAUGCAGACGUAGAGAAUGGACUUGAGGACACAGGGAGGGGGAAGCGUAAGCUGGGACGAAGUGAGAGAGUGGCAUGGACUUAUAUACACUACCAAAUGUAAAAUAGAUAGCUAGUGGGAA